UUGAAAUAAGAGCAAUGUCUACGAAGUAUCUACCCGAAAACGUGGUAGUAGAAAUCCUCUUGCGCUUGCCGGUCAAAUCUUUUGUACGUUUCAGGUGUGUAUCUAAACGUUGGCGCUUUCUAAUCUCGGAUCCCCGAUUCGCUAAAUCGCAGUUCAGGCAAGCCUCUGAGCGAUCGCAAAGACUUCUCAUAUCAUCCCGUCCUGAAAUUCUAUCCCUAGACUGCAACGCACCACUUGGGGACAGUUCCACUCUCCGAGAACACGUUGUCCCGUCCCUGAGACGCGGUCGUCAUGUUAGUAUCGUAGGGUCUUGCAAUGGCCUGGUUUGUGUGGCUGUCCAUCGCCAUAAGGGCUUUCGUAUUUGGAAUCCUUCAACUGGUGACGUCCGGAAAUUACCAGAUCCUAAAUUUUCACUUCGUGGGGAAGACUAUUGGCAUGGAUUUGGAUAUGAUCCAUCCACUGAUGACUACAAGCUUCUCGUGGCCACUUCCCUGUUUCUGCCUCCUUAUCUGGAAAGCGAAGGUAAGCUUUUCUCUUUGAAAAUAAAUUCAUGGAAAACGAUUCUUCUAGGCGUCGACGCUUCAACUGAAGCCAAAGAAUCAACAGGAAUCCUUUGCAACGGGUAUCUGCAUUGGCAACUUCAACUGUGGGAGAAACUUGAUGGAAAACUGUGGGUGCCAGAAUUGCGUGACCAAAUAUGCGUGUUUGAUUUAGCCGAGGAGAAAUUCCACGAAAUGCUGAUGCCCGUCGAGGUUGAAGAUCGUUACAAGGGGAUAUUUUUCUGUACUUUGAGGAAUCUUGGAGGAUGCCUGUCUUUUAUUAGCUAUAAUCGUACCCAUAUAGAGUUAUGGAGAAUGAUGGAUUAUGGAGUCCGAGAAUCGUGGGCACCAACGCUUAAAAUUGCAUAUUUUCACGUGAGAAUGUCCAGACAUAAUCUAGCCCCAGUUUGCAUUUCUAGAGAUGGUCAGGUUGUGGCGAUAAACGACGGAAAGGAGUUACUGAGAUGUAAUUCUGAAGGAGAGAUUCUUGAACAUGUUCGGGCUUUCAGUGACUCACGAAAGUGUGAAGCAGCUAUCUUUGUUGAGAGUUUAAUUUCACCUAAUCAUUUCAGUGGUGAUGAUGGGCAAGGGCAACGCCUUCCCUCUGAUGAAGACGAUGAUAACUGCACUCAAAUGCUGGUUCAUCUCGACAAUGAGAUGCAGAAUGGUGACGCUUCUGAAUCUCGAUGA